AUGCUUCUGCGUUGGUAUUUAUUUUGUUUUAUUAAAGCAAUAAAAAUUUCUUUUUUGGUCUCUCUUAUCACCCGCUUUACUGAAGAGGCAUUUGCGACACUCAUCUCCAUAGUCUUCAUCAUUCAGGCAUUUGAAAAACUUUUUGAAAUAAGUUACGAGGCACCAAUAACUCGCCAUCCACAAGAAGUACUCCAUUCUGCAUGUCAUUGCAUUAUACAAACUGAAGAGUGGAACUCAACUCUUUUCAAGAAUCUUAGUGUUGGCGUUAGCCGAUGUGUGGAGCUAGGUGAGCCUCAAGGUUUACAAUGCUACUUCAAGCCUGAUGUUUAUAUGUUCUCAAUAAUACUAACUUGUGGGACGUUUUUGAUCGCCUACUCACUUAAUGUUUUUCGACAUUCCCGCUACUUCUCUUUUAGAGUUCGAAAUCUCAUUUCCGACUUUUCUGUUCUAAUUGCUAUUGUUUCAUUAACACUUACAACUUACCUUAUUGGAUUAGAGGUCCCUAGUUUGAAGAUGCCUGCAAGUAUUCGUCCAACAAUGGAUCGAACAUGGCUUGUUGAUGCAACCAAUAUUGAAGAUUAUACUGUGGCAUUGAUUGCUGCCUUCCCAGCCUUGUUUUAUACAAUUUUGCUUGUUAUGGAUCAACAAAUUACUGCCGUAAUUGUAAAUAGGAGAGACAAUAAACUUAGGAAGGGUUGUGGCUAUCAUCUAGAUCUUUUAAUUGUUGCCUUUCUUGUGUUAAUCUGUUCAUUUCUUGGUCUUCCCUUUUAUGUUGCUGCUACUGUUCUCUCAGUUAUGCAUUCUCUAAAGCAAUAUGUUGAUUGUAUUGUACCUGGCGAACCUCAAAAAUUUUUGGGAGUAAAAGAGCAAAGGUUAACUGCUGUUUUUGCGCAUGCUCUUAUUGGGUGCUCUGUUUUUCUCACACCUCUAGUUAAGAACGUUCCUGUCCCUGUUUUAACUGGCAUUUUUUUCUACAUGGGUGUUGUUUCCCUACUUGGUCAACAAUUUGUUCAACGACUGGCAUUGUUAUUUAUGCCUGUCAAAUAUCAACCUGAUUAUAUUUGGUUAAGAAGUGUGCCAAUAAAACGUGUACAUAAUUUUACUUGCAUUGGUUCACUGCUAGCAAUGAAGUAUUCGUCCAGUAUGUUGUCAAUGAUGUUCCCGAUGAUGUUAAUCCUCACUGUUCUAUUGCGAAUGUUCCUUCUUCAACGAUUAUUUACCCGACGUGAACUAAAAUCUUUGGAUGAUGAAUUGCCUAGUUUUCGAGAUGUUAUUCGACCAAUAAAAAUAUUUAGGCCAACAAAAUAUCAAAAGAAACAAACAAAAAUAAAAGGAGCAGCUGAAGAUGAAGUUCUUGCAAAGAGGAGAGAGGGCGAUGAUGAAGAAGAAUGUCUUGAAAAGAAGACAACAAUACCUCAGAAAGAUGAAGAAGUAUGAUCAAGAAUGG